AUGUGGCGUCUGUUUGGCUACUCAUCAGCCAGCUCUACAAACCAGGAGCAUCCACGAGGGCUCCCGGCCUCCUGGUACCGAUCCUCAAGUCUAUACCAACUGGAACGACGAGCCAUCUUCUCCCGGAAAUGGAUCCUUAUCACACAUCGCAUCCGACUCAGUCAACCGGGAGACUUCCUAUCGUUCACGUACGCAGGCUUCCCAUUCUUCCUCGUCCGAGACCGUGACGGCAACAUCAAUGGCUUCCACAACGUCUGCCGACACCGCGCAUACCCCAUCGUACAGAACCGUUCAGGCACAGCCAAAGUGCUGAGCUGCAAGUACCAUGGCUGGUCGUACGGACACAAGGGGAACCUCGCGAAAGCGCCGCGCUUCGAGACAGUGGAGGGCUUCGAUAAGAGCCAGCACGGCCUGCUGCCCAUCCACGUCCACAUCGACAGGGUGGGCUUCGUGUGGGUGAAUCUCCAGGCGGGCGAGCCGGAUAUCAAGUGGGAAGACGAGUUCAAGGGCGCAGACGAGAAGCCUAUCCUCAGGGAAUUCGAUUUCCAGGAGGAGUUCAAGUUCGAUCAUGUCUGGGAUAUGGAGCUAGAUGCUAAUUGGAAGGGGUUGAUUGAUAAUUACAACGAGUGCUAUCAUUGUCCGACUUCCCAUCCGCUCAUUGCGAGCGUGUCGGAUGUUUCGCAGUAUCGGGUUGAGCCGAAGAGAGGAUGUCUCGAGCAUACGAUUAUCAAUAAGGAUAUGGAGGAUAGUUCGUUUCGACGGUCUAUCACCUUCUUUCCGCCUUGCACGUCUGUUACAGUCACCGAACACUUCUUCUACAUUCAACGCAUGAUCCCCGUCACAGCCACGACAAGCAGGAUCGAAAACGAAGUCUACCGGCACAAGAACGCGACGGACGAACAAUUCACGAACCUCUGCAAUUUCUAUAAACAGGUCCUGGAAGAAGAUAAGCAGCUCUGCAUCGGUGCCCAGGAGAACCUAAACUCGGGUGUCUUUGUCAAUGGAGAACUCCACCCUGACAAGGAGAAGGGCCCUCUUCACUUCCAGGAAUCAGUUAAGAGAGAGCUGAUGGAGCAUCGGAAGAAGGAGGAACAGAGUGGUCGGGAGAUCUGGCCGGCUGCUCCCGCGGUUCGGGGAGGGCAGACGGGGACGCUGGAGGAGGAGAUAUUCUGCGCGAAACUCGAAGCGGAGAGUUGUUUGGGUGCUAGUAAGGAAUUGGCGUGGUGA